AUGGAGGAUCCGGCGGUCUAUGCCCGGGUAGUCGAUAGACGUCCUGGAGUCUCGUCUUCCGGCCUGAGGUCGUUCUUGGUCAACCCCCUGGCUGUCCCGACGAGCCAUCCUUAUUUGCGCGUACUGGCGACCAUCGUCGUCUACGGUCUCACGCUCACGGUCGUAUCGAGCUGGCUGGGCAACACCUCUGCCGUCGUCGACUCGUCCCUACUUCAACGAAUAAAAGGUCAAUCUUCCCUCUCGGACUCGGAGAUAACCAGGCUGGCCGAGGAGCUCCGACUGUCUUCGUCUUUCCCGCUCCCACCUAACCGACCUGUCGAUAGGUAUGGAUCUCCCAACGCUGCGUACCGUGCGUUAUACCCGUUGGCACCUCCGCCAGCCCCGUUCCCGGCUCUGAGGGCGACGCAUUUCUUGCCGGACCGAUGUCUCGAAGGGUGGUUUGCACAUGGGGAGAUUCUGUGUUCCAGACACGAGAUAGGGGAGGAAGAUCAACUUGACGUGACCUGGCUCUGGGUCAACGGUAGCGACCCUCGAUGGGAAGCCCAGAUGAUCGCCGAGCGCGAGGCCAAGGGGAUCUAUUCGCCUGCGCACCAUUUCAGGGAGAACAACGAGUUGAUGUACUCGAUGCGGAGCGUGCUCGCCAAUAUGCCGGGUCGAUUGAGGACGUUUCACUUGAUCACGGCGGAUUACGCGUUUGAUACCCGGACGGACUUGCAAUUGUUGCCCAAGUCUCCAGAGGCGUUGAGGGAGCUCGAGUCGUUGGCGGAACAGAAAUUCCGACCGGAUGGGAAAUGGACAAAGUCGGGAGAGCCUACAGCAGCGGUGGAGGAGGACGGGCUUGAGCAGCGGGACGUAGGGGACGAUCUGGAAUCACGGAAAGAACAACCGGCGGCUCGGAAACCCAGGGUCAUCUCGAGCAAACUCUCAGGCUGGUUGAACUCGGCAUGGAGGGUCGCCCAGGUUCCGACUUGGUUGAAUUUCGAGAGGAUCGACCUGGCCGACCCUCAACAUCCUUUGCAUCAUUUUUACCAGAACCCGAGUCUACCCAAAAAGCCCGUAACGUCCCACUUGCACACGACGUCACAUCCCUCGUUACGCUACGCGGUCCAUUCCGAGAUUUUCCACUUGCCCACACACAAAAAGUCGGCUACGGAAAAGGCCGCCUCGGGACUCGGCGCGCCAGAGUACAAGGAGGACGAGUGGAAGAAGAACGCGCUGCCCACGUUCAACUCGAUGGCCAUCGAGAGCAAGAUCGGUUGGCUCUGGGGUCUGUCGGACGUCUCCCUCGCUCUGAACGAUGAUCAGUUCUUCCUGAAACCGUAUGCCGUAUCGGACUGGUGGUCAGGAAUCUACGGUACAGUGCUUCGACUGGACUACAACUACAACCAACAGGUCCGACCUCUUUUAGACAAGAAAUUCCUCAACAACGCGGGGGAGAAUGGGGGGCUGUAUCAUGCCAACUGGUUACUCAGCCAACGGUUCCCGAAGCGUUUGAGACCGUACUUUGCCCAUGUGCCCAAGGUCAUCACCCGGGGUCUGCAUCAUGAAGCUUCGAUCAUGUUCAAGGACGCUCUGACCACGUCGGCUCAACGGAAGUUUCGAGAACUGGUUGAUGGCGAGGGAGAUGUUCAUAUGCAGUGGCUAUUGAUGGCGCUCAGGAUCGAAAGGUGGAGGGAAGCCAUGCUGUGGACCUGGGUGGUGGCGCGGGUAGGGACUCGGCCUGCUUGGGGCGAAAACAAGGGAGGGCAGAUCGGGAUCUGGGGAGACGAGGCGAGGGACGAUAUCAAGGAGCUCUUCGGGGUGACGGAUGAGGACGACGACGUCAUCGAGAUCGAGGUCACUAGGGGUGAAAGAUGGACCAUGGAGAAGGACCGGAUGGCAGGGAACCUGGAGGGCGCCGGUUGGGAGGCUCCUAAGAAUACCGAGUUUCUGUGGUCUUCGAUGGACGGUCAUAUCCCUCCCCUCUUGCCCUUUGGCGUGCCCAAGGAGAACAAUGACGUAUGCAAGAUCGGCCUGGACAGGUGUCUGGGUCGAUUCUGGUCAGCAAACGAAAACGUCACGGCAGACGACAUGUUCAAGCGGUUGGCAUUCAGCUACCCUGCCUGUGGCGACUGCUUCUUGACGGCACUGGUGACUUCGUCCGGACCUCUUGGCCUGUCGGCCAUCUUCCCUCCUGCCGAGAUGAUCUACAAAACCCGGGCGGACGACGAGCACCUCCGGAAGAUCGACUAUCUCGCCCCACCCCACCUCCCGCUGACGGCUACAUGGCAAGAAGCCGAUUUCUCUCUCGAGAGCGUCUUGUCCGAGAGCACCUUACCUGGGGAACCCGUAAAGCUUAGACGAUGGUCGAUGCAGCUCUUGUCGCGGUACUUGUACAUGUCAGGAAAGACGCCCAGUCAUUUCCACAUGGCUAGAAAUCCAGAGCAUGUACAGGGCGUCUUCAAGAUGGUUGACAAGGCCAAAGACGUCGCGCUGCUAGGAUUCAAUGACGAUAUCGACAAAGACUACGAGGAGACGAGACGUCUCAUGAUCGAAUGGUUCGGGAAGAAGUGGCCCGUACCCGCCGUUUGGGAAAAGGGUUGGAAGCCGAAUCGAUCCUAA